GCCGUAUUCGCGUUGCCCCGCGACGCUUGCCGUAAAGGUUUCCGUCGAGCGCGACGCGAUUUGUCUCUAUGACCCGGCAGCAUGGCGGACAUGGCGGAUCUAUUCGGCAGCGACGCGGACAGUGAGCCUGAGCAGAAAGAUUUUGAAUCCAGAUCUGGAUCAGGCUCAGACUCGGAGCAGGAACAAGCCGCCUCAGAAAGCAACCCUUCCAGGAGUGAAAGUGAAAUAGAAGAUGGGAAUGAGGAUGAAGAAGAGAGAGAGACGUCCAAGCCUAGCAAUAAAGAGCUGUUUGGAGAGGACAGUGAGGAUGAAACAGGAUCACGACAGAAUGGAAGUGAAGAUGCGUCUGAAAACCAGUCCAUUGCUUCAGCACAGUCUGACCAAGAAGAUGUUCAGCAUUCAGAAGCAGAGCAACAAACUGACUCUGAAGAGCAUCAGUUUGAAAAUGAAGAUGAUAACAAUGUUUCUGACGCUGAGAGUGCACACUCUGACGCUGAGAGUGCACACUCUGAAGCGGAGAGUGCGCAUUCGGAGGCUGGCAGUGCACAUUCAGAUGCCGGCAGUGCACAUUCAGAGGCCGGCAGCGCACAUUCAGAGGCCGGCAGCGUGCAUUCAGAACCCGGCAGCAUCCAAUCCCACUCUGAAGCUGGCAUUAUCCAUUCAGACGCUGGCAGUGUCCAUUCCCGAUCAGACGUUAUCAGUAACCAUUCGCACUCCGAUGCCGCCAGCAACCAAUCAGAUGCUGAGGAUUCUGAAAAAGAAGUGCACUCUGAGAAUGAAAAGUGGGAGAGGAGUGAUCAGUCGGACGAAGAGGAGAAAGCACAUCGUUCAGAAGAGGAGCAGCAACUUUCAGACGAAGAGCAAGAACGUAAAUCAGUUACAGGAUCUGCAAGAGGCAGCGAUAGUGAUGAAGAAGUAGUUAGACACAGGCCGAAGAAAACAAUUGCUUCAGAUUCUGACUCUGACAGCAAUGUGAAAGAUAAAGAUAAAAUAGAUGGAGAUGAUCUUUUUGGAGGUGCAGAUGAUAUUUCAUCUGACAGUGAAGGUGAGAAACCUCCCACUCCAGGCCAACCCGCAGAUGAAUAUGACAUGGAUCAGGAUCAUGCCGAAGAGGAACCAAUUCCAGAAACACGGAUAGAAGUAGAGAUUCCCAAAGUGAACACUGAUUUAGGAAAUGAUCUGUAUUUUGUUAAACUGCCUAACUUCCUCAGUGUGGAACCCAGACCAUUUGACCCUCAGUACUAUGAAGAUGAAUUUGAAGAUGAAGAGAUGUUGGAUGAAGAGGGUAGAACAAGGCUUAAGCUAAAGGUAGAAAACACAAUUCGCUGGCGAAUACGCAAGGAUGAAGAAGGAAAUGAUGUCCGUGAAAGUAAUGCUCGAAUAGUAAAAUGGUCAGAUGGAAGUAUGUCCUUGCAUCUGGGAAAUGAAGUUUUUGAUGUCUACAAGGCUCCACUUCAAGGGGACCAUAACCAUCUAUUUAUUAGACAGGGGACUGGUUUGCAAGGUCAAGCAGUCUUCAAAACCAAGCUUACAUUCAGGCCUCAUUCCACAGAUAGUGCUACCCACAGAAAGAUGACUCUGUCUCUGGCAGAUAGAUGUUCAAAGACCCAAAAGAUUCGAAUCCUUCCCAUAGCCGGCAGAGAUCCUGAAUCCCAGCGUUCUGAAAUGAUAAAGAAAGAGGAGGAACGUCUUAGGGCAUCUAUCAGAAGAGAAUCUCAGCAACGUAGAAUGAGGGAGAAGCAGAGUCAACGAGGCCUUAGCUCCUCCUAUCUGGAACCUGAUCGGUAUGAUGAGGAGGAAGAUGGUGAUGAAACCAUAAGCCUUGCAGCCAUCAAAAACAAGUACAAAGGAGGAAUUAGAGAGGAGCGCGCCCGUAUUUAUUCCUCAGACAGUGAUGAAGGGUCUGAUGAUGACAAAGCACAGAGGCUCUUGAAAGCCAAGAAGCUUGACAGUGAUGAGGAAACUGAAAAUUCUGGAAAGAGAAAAGCCGAAAAUGAUGACAAAGGUUCCAACAAACGAGCAAAGAAAUAUGUGAUUAGUGAUGAAGAGGAAGAUGAGUAAGAUUGCCUGAGUCAAAUGGCUUUUGUCAGCAGACAUUAACUUGUACAGUUAUUUUGUAAGUAGCUAUGUUGUCUGAUUUUUGAUUUUGGAUAAUUUUGGUAAUAAUUUGUAAUUUGUUGGUUCAUGUAUGUACCAAG